GGACUGGGUAACCGUAUUUUUCUUUUGACAAAAUUGAGCACCACUAACUUCAAUAACUUUCCUUCCUGAAAAGGUGCAGCAAGUUCAGGAGACAUGAUGGGAUGUCUGGAAGCCCUCUUUGCUUGCUUCUUCCCUGCUGCUCUGUGGGCCAUUCACCUGGAGCAGGAGCAGAUCUCUGUCACAAAGCAGCCACUUCAAGGCAGCUCUGCCAAAUUCACUUGCAAGGUGUUUGAUGGAUCGGACUCUACCUACAUUCACUGGUACCGAGCCCGAGCUGGAGAGGCACCACAGAGGGUGCUGUACCUCACUCUCUCUGGGUCAGACUUAAAGCGAGAGGCAGCCUUCCCCCUUGAGAAAUUCUCAGCCUAUGGGACAAAAAGCAUCUCUAACUUGUUGGUGCACAAGCUGGAAAAGACAGACAGCGGCCGCUAUUACUGUGCCACAUGGGAUUUUACACAGUGCCACAAGCUUCCUACAACCCUGCACAAAAAACCACCACAGCUCUGUGUGUGGGGCUCAACUCUCAUAUUAUUGUUGCAGCAGAGCAGGGAGCCCUGCCCCCCGCCCAGGCUCACCAGCCUACAGAACAGAUGGCUCCUCACAAACGGAUGUGCACAAAUACAUCUGAGACAAGCUCAGUUGUCCGUUACCAGGGCAAAAGAUAAAACUGCACGUAUAAUCUGCGAGGCUUCUGGCAUUCAGAACUUCAGGAGUGCUGUUAUACACUUGUAUCGACACAGACCUGGUGAAGCUCCAGAACGGAUUCUGUACAUCUCACCUGAAAAACUUAAAUUUGACAAAGACUCCGAUGAGAACAAGUUUAAUUGUGAAAAGAAGCCUGACCUGCCUAUCUCUACCCUAACAGUAAAUGAAAUAGAUCCCAAUGAUGGAGCUACCUACUAUUGUGCCUAUUGGGAUCACACAGUAUUAGAAAGCCAUAGACAGCCUGUACAAAAACCUCACUCUGAAUACUGA